AGACCAUAAGCAGGGAUGACAGGGAGAAGCAGGCUCCGAGCUGAGCCUGGGUUGGAUCCUCUGGUCCCUCUACGAAGCUUGGGCCUGUCCCUGAGUGGUGGGAUACAGGAGGACGCAUUGAGGAUCCUGACAGAGGAGCUGAGGGACCGGUUUCCCAACCUGAGUGAAAACUACUUAAUCACCACUGACGCCGCUGGCUCCAUUGCCACAGCUACGCAGGAUGGUGGGAUCGUGCUCAUCUCUGGGACAGGCUCCAACUGCAGGCUCAUCAACCCUGAUGGCUCUGAGAGUGGCUGUGGUGGCUGGGGCCACAUGAUGGGGGAUGAGGGCUCAGCCUACUGGAUUGCACACCAAGCAGUGAAAAUAGUGUUCGACUCUAUCGACAACCUAGAGGCAGCUCCUCAUGACAUUGGCUACAUCAAACAGGCGAUGUUCAACUAUUUCCAGGUGCCAGAUUGGCUAGGAAUCCUCACCCACCUGUAUAGGGACUUUGAUAAAUGCCGCUUUGCUGGGUUUUGCCAGAAAAUUGCAGAAGGUGCUCAGCAGGGAGAUCCCCUUUGCCGGUUUAUCUUCAGGAAGGCUGGGGAGAUGCUGGGCAGGCACGUGGCAGCAGUGCUGCGAGAGAUUGACCCGGUCUUGUUCCAGGGGGAGCUGGGCCUCCCUAUCCUGUGUGUGGGCUCUGUGUGGAAGAGCUGGGAGCUGCUGAGGGAAGGUUUCCUUCUGGCACUGACCCAGGGCCGAGAGAUCCAGGCCUAGAACUCCUUCUCCAGCUUCACCCUGAUGAAGCUGCAACACUCAUCUGCCCUGGGUGGGGCCAGCCUCGGGGCCAGACACAUCGGGCACCUCCUCCCCAUGGACUACACUGCCAAUGCCGUUGCCUUCUACUCCCACACCUUCUCCUAGGGCCUGGCCCUGGCUCCACGUCUCCAAACCCAUUGGACACUGGGUGCUGGAAA